CCGUACCACUGUCAGUACUGCACUUACCAGUCGUACAUCCGCGGCAAAGUCACCAGACACAUCCAGCAGGUGCACAACGGCUUUCCGGUCAGGAUCGUGCAUCGACCGGUGCCCGGCAUCAAGGACCGUAUCACCGACAUGAAGCUGCGUUGUUUUCCGUUUCUGUCCGGCUUGAUGGACGGUGCAAUGGUGAUCGGUGGCGUAGGCUCUCCUGCUGACCCGUCGGCUCAAGCAGCGGCAAAAUACGGCGCGGGCAGCGGCGACUUGGGCCAGGUCAGCUGUAUGCUUUGCGAGCAGCGCGUGGCGGCCACCGAUGCGUCGAUGAACGAUCAUGUCCAGGUGCACAUCUCCUCCAAGUUCUACCACUGUCCGGUGUGCACGUACGCGACCACGUUCCUGAUCAGGGCCAAGCAACACGUGCACAGCGCCCACCCGCAGAGCCAGGAGACGCGCAUCCUCUGCUGUCCCCCGGACGGCGUGCAGGGCCUCCAGGCGUUGCGCCAGAAGUGCUUCGGCGGAGUCGCGGACGAGUGUCAGGAAAUGGCCAUGGACUGCAGCGUCGCCAGGACACCGGACAAGGCGAAGACCGUUGACUGCGGCGGUGAAACGACGCCUCGGUCCGAUUCGAACCUGUCGGCGACGUUGAACAACGACUGCGAGCAUGAGGAUACGAUGGCUGACACCGGCGACGCGUUGGACAUGGACGAGAGCGACGGCGGCGACUCGAAACUCGUCUGCGCCGUUUGUAAAGAGGCCGUGCCGCGACAGCUUUCGACCAUCACCCUGCACGCCAGGCAACAUGUCGUUAAACUCUUCCAAUGCGCCUACUGCGGUUGGAACUCGGAGGAAACCGCCGAAGUCAAAGUGCACUGCGUUAGCAGUCACAGCGGUCUUCCGAUCAAGGCAAAUAUACAAAACUCUUCUUCAUUUACAGCCGAUAAUCUACUUCGACCUGCUCUAAACUCUGUUUCGGUUAUUAAUGGUUCCGAUUGGGCGCAGACGAACUCAGUGCAGAGGUGCUUUCCGGACUUCAGCAUUAUUUCCAAUUUUCCAGGCAGCGGCGGUAGCAGUCCGAGCAGUAGUAGCAGUACUCCGGCGGUUGGCUUUCAGGGAUCAGCCAGCAGCGGAACGGUACUGCGGAAGUUGAUUUGUCGCGUGUGCACCUGCAACAUAGCCGACAAUCCGAAAUCCAUCGGCAUCCACGUCAAGAACCACCUGAACUACAAGCCGUACCGAUGCCCGUACUGCCAUUACAUGUCGUGCGAGCAGUCGAAGGCUCGACGACACGUCGAGCACGUGCACAGCGUCAGUGGAGACUCGGUCGAGAUCCGUGCCGAGGAGAAUAUCAAGGAGAAGAUCGCGCGCAUGAAAUCCAAGUGUUUUCCGAAUGCCACCUCGCUGGCCUUGUCCGACAGUUGCUGCAGCAUCGACGAGUCGGUCUUAGGCGAUAUUCCGUCCAUUGGCAAGGCGUCCGUCGUCUGCCAGGAAUCUUCGGAAGGCUUCAAGGUGUACGAGUGUCAGAUCUGCAAGGAACGAAUAUCGUCCGAAUGCAUCGGCAGCCACGUUCGCACUCACCUCGGCAAACCUUACUGCACUUCACGGUUUUGGACCGAAGACAAAGUGAAGUAUCAUACCGAAACCGUGCAUCCGGAAUCUGUGAUGAAAACCGACAUGCAGGAUGAAGACCUCGACGCCCAGUUCAGACUGGUUCAAAAGAAAUGUUUCCCAACGUAUGAAGAUUCAGAAAACGAAAAGGAUACCGACGAUUCUGAGCACGGCACUUCUUGGGGAGAUGACAAGCUGUCCCCGGAAGAGGUGAGUUCCUUGGGAACGGAACUAGCUGGAGACUCGCCGAGGGCACUGAGCAAAGUAGCGUCCGAUUCAGAGAUCAGCGCCUACUUGCAGAAGUCUUCAUCUUCGGCGGACGGUCGUCUGACGUGCCAGUUGUGCAAACAGUCGAUUUCGAUGAACCCGAAUUCGCUGGACGUCCACGUCAAGAACCAUCUCAAUUUCAAGCCUCACCAAUGCCCAUGCUGCGACUACAAGUCGUGCACGUCCGGCAAGGUCAAGCGCCACUUGGAUUCAGUGCAUCGAGGGGUAGACACUAACAUCAUCAGCUUCACGCAGUCGUCGUCCACCGUCAAACAGAUCAUCGGUCAGAUGCGUUCGAUGUGUUUCCCCCAGAUCGAGGGUGAUUUCCAGACGAAAACGAAAGCACACCUCAAUUCUCAGGUAAUAUUGCGCCGUUUGUUUAAAGUGAUGCAUGUUUGCCUUACGUCUGUUUGUUUUCGGUCUCAUUUUCGUACAUAAGU